AUGUCCGAGUCAUAUAAAGAUGGUGAAGUGGUUUGGGUCAAAUGGCGAAGCGUAUGGUGGCCUGGUGAAGUUUGGGAUAAUUCAAGAGUUCCAGAAGACAUUUUGACAUCUUUAAGGAAACCAGUCAUUGCAUUUGUUAAGUUUUUUCAGGAAGAUUCAUUUGAGUUUGUACGCAGUCCAAACAACAUUUGUCAAUACAAUACCGACAAAAAGAUGGAUUUUAUCAAAAAAGGAAUGGAUAAAUACCGUUCAAACAACAAAAUAAUGACAAACUUUCCAGCAGAUGUUCUGAAGGCAGAGCAAUUAACAAAAGGAAAUGUCAAUAUAUUGAGUACACUAGAAACGCCGACAAAAUCAAAAGGAAAUACAUCUUCCAGUAGCGUGACUCCAACUAGUUCAGAUCCAGCACGAAAAUCUUCAGUUCAAGCUCCAUUAACGAUGUCACUAUCGACACCAUCUCCAGUCACAACAAAAAAAGCUGUUGGAUCAUACAAUUCAAGCGUCAAAGUCCAAAAUACGACGAGCUCUGUGCAGAAAUCAAACGAUAAGAAACUAACAUGUACUAUGUGCAAUUUUGCCACUGAUCGAAUGAAUCUAUUGAUGAUGCACAUUAAAAAUCAUUCACAAACUAUACUUUCUCGCGUUAACUCACCAUCGUCGUCGUUGGACAUUAGAAAGUCAAUGAUUCCAAAAAUUUCUACAAGAAAACUGGAAUUGGAUGAUGGCAUUGCCGAAGAUGUUCGUAAAAUUAAGGAAUCUAUGAAGGAACCGACAACAACAUUAACUCCAACAGUAGCGACAGUAGUCACUUCCGUAAAAAAGACUCGAACACUGGCAUCGACAGCGAAAUCAACGCCAAAGUUAAAACAAUCUCGUCAAACAAGAAAGGAUAGAAAUAAAUCCGAUAAAAUUAUAGACAAGGAAGAUGACAAGGCUAGUUUAUUGAAGAAAACAGACGAUAAUGCGGUCACAGUAGAUGUUGAAAAGAGUCAAAACCCAAAAGUUAAUACUUGUGAGCUUAAAAAUGAACUGUUGGCUGAUUGGUUGGAUGAAGAAGAUGUCAAAGUUGAAGAAAAGAAGCCUGAAAAUAAUGAAAUAAUGAAUUCACCAGCGGCAGUGAUUGAGAAGCCUGUUGAAAGUCCCAUUAAGUCAGCUGAAAAGGUUCCCGUAGAACCAUCGCGUUCUAUUAGAAAUAUACCGAAGAAACAACGAGUAAGUGAGAUUUAUAUUCAACCAGAAAUUCCCGAGAAAGUUGAACUUUCAAAUUCAGUCAAAAAGACGGUUGAGGAACAACCAAAAUUGGUGUUGGAAGAUAAAACAAAAAAGGAAGAAGUUAUAUCCACAUCAGCAGAGAUAAAUAAGAAAUCUCAGCAAAAAGCAAGCAAGCGUAAACAUGCAGCAUCUGACUCAUCUAAUGAACCUGAAAAGAAAAAGAUGUCUGAAGAUAGUGAUGAUAAAAUAUUGAUGGCCACAGCCGAGCUAUUAAAUGAAACAGAAGUGCCUAAAUUGAGUAAUGUACAGUCGCCAUCAUUCCAUUCGAAUGAUAUUGAUAAGAGAAAUCUACCGCCAAAGGAGAGAAAUAAAAGGAUAUUUAGGGCCAAGAAUAGUCCCGAGACUGUUUCAAUUCCACAAAUACCGCUCCAAUUAACAUCAACAGCUGUGCUUGUUGAAAAUAAAAGCGAUGAGAAAAUUUCCUCUGAGAAUGAAUCAAAAUUGGACGAAAAGAAUGACUCAAUUGCUGGAUUAGGAGGAACGACAAUUAUUAACGAAGUUCAAAUACCUCCAACAACCUUAAUCAAUAACAAGAAUGAUCGACAGGAACUCAUUUUGCCUCAUAAAAAGAAGCAAUCCUCAAGACUUUUAACGGCUGAAAAUUUAACUCCGAUUCAGGAAGUUAAGCCUGUCGUUGAAGCACUAAAGCAGGAACAAGUCAUAACAACAACGACAUUGUUAAGAACUAAAAAGAACCGAAAAUCAUCAGACACACAAAAAACAAUUGAAAUUGAAACUAUUGAGAAAAUAAAGCCAAUUCAAAGUCCAUUAAGAGAAGCUGCCGAUUCCAAUGACACAGAAGUCUCUAAAUGUGAAUGCGAUACGACAACAACUACAACAAUUUCAGAGAAUUCAAAUCGUGGCCAAAAACGACAGCAUUCAAAAGAUUCUCAACCCGAUGAUUCAAUCAGUAAGCUUCAACCUGACGCAAAAAAACUGCACAAAUCGGAUAUGCCAAGGACAUUAAAGGCAUGCUCGAGUGAAACAAUUUGUAUAACAAGUAAAGGCACAUUGUCUGUAGCACGAAGAGAUUCAAUUAAAACGACAUGUGCAAAUUCUGUCGUCGUUACAUCUCAAGUCAUAAUAUCGGAAGCGACUAAGCUGCCAAUCGUAUCUACUCACGUUUCCACAAAUACAUGCACUGAUACAAUAUCAUCAAGUUCAAGCAGUCCAAAACCGUCAAUUUCAUCCACAACCUCGACUGUGACUUUAUCGCCUCAAACACUUAAAAAUGCACUGAAAAUUCCAGAAGAAAAAAAGGAAGAGAUGAAAAAGCAGGGAUUAUUGACAAUUGAAAAUAAUCGAACUAAAUUGACACCAAAAGGGCGCCAAAAAUUCAAAGAAUUUCAAAAUAAGAAUGAUAAUCUUUCAGCAACGUCCAGUUUAACAUCAAUAACAUCUAGUACAUCGUCAUCAGCACUAAAUAGUACAUUCUCUACUUCAUCGAUAUGCAGUAUGGCAAGGAGUAGCGAGGUAAGUGAAUCCUCACAGGAUGAAAAGUCAAUGGUUAUCGAUGAAAAGGAAGAUUCUGCUCCUGAAGACGAUUCAAAGCUUAUGAAUGACGAUUCUGAGUUUAUAAAUGAGGAUUUACAGCCGAUAAAUAACGAUUCUAAGCCCACAAAUGAGGAAUUAAAGCCUGUAAAUGAAGAAAUAAAGCCAGUAAUUGAACAUGAAGACAAUGUCGACGAAAAAUCUCAGAAUUUAUCCAUAAAAUUAGACGUCGAUGUAGAAAUGGAAUCUAAUGAGAAUAGAGUUGAGCCUCAGCCACCUGUAGACGAAAUUAAGGUAUUACAGGAACCAGAAAUAGUACACGAUACACAAAAUAAAGUUAAUGAUAAUAAAAGUAGCGAUAAGGAGACACAACAGGAAGUAGACGAGACAAAUAAAGUUAAUGAUACUAAUGGAAGUGAAUCAGAUGUCUGUAAUGACGUGACUGUAACGGUCGACGAGAAAUUUGAAAGUACAAAACAAGCUGAAAGUGAUAAGAAAACAGAAAUUGACGAAUGUCCUCAAGAAAUUCCAAAACAGGAUGUCGAAAUUGUUCAAGAUAUCCAAAAAGUUGAAGAGCCAACUAAAUUGGAGCCUGAAAUUGAAAAGUCCAUUAAGGAGGAAUCUGUAGAGCCUACAAAAAUUAAAAUUGUCGAACCUAUUGAGCUUAACGCUUUAGAAUCCCCAAAAAAGGAAGAAAUGGAAGUAGAUGACUCAAAAAUAGAAGAAACUUCAUCAAAAUCGGAAGUAAAUGACUCAAAAUCAGAGAUUGAUGAAGAUUCACAAAAGGUUGAGGAUUUGUCAACAUCCUGCACAUCGUCAUCAUUAGUUACGAUUACAACAAAUUCCACAGAUGAUUUAGAUUCACAGUCAGAUUUAAAAAAGAAACCAACUGAGAAUGGAAAUGACGAUGAGGAGAUAGAGGAAGUAGAUAGCGAGGCAAUAGAAAUGUCAAUUGACGAUCCAAACUCUGGAAGUACUGGAUUAAUUGCAUUACAAGCUGAAACUUUUGGUGGACCGCCAAAUUGUUUCUAUUUAUGUCGUCAAAUUGAGGACCGUUAUGAGCCUGUCGACAAUCAAAUUCUCGUAUUAAAUGGCCAAAAUGCUCUCGUGCCGUACGAUGGCAUAUCGGAUUUAGGUCUCUCAUCGACAGAAAAUACACAAGAAAGUCUUACAGCACUUUCUCAAUUAUCGCCCAACUCAAAUAUCAUUAUUAAUACUCCAAACGGACAAAAAAUUGAAUUAAAUCAUCUUACGAUUAUGGCACUUCAUGAGCAGGCUGACGAAAAUGGAAUUGCAUCAAUUGAAUUAUCCGGUGAACAGAUGGAAUUAAAUAUUAAUGCUAUUUUGGAAGCUUUAGCGAGUCAACAAGAUGUGACAGAUUCAAAUGAAUCAAUUAUUCCUGGUUCUGUGCUCCUCGAUAGUUCUGAUGGUCCAUUAAUUAUUGAAUCAGAAAUUCCAAUGGAUGUACAUCAUGCGAGUGUUGCUACACAAGUCAGUGAAACCUUAACAAAGCCAAUAAUGUCCACAACUAUUGCGCCUGAAAUUGCGAUAAAUCCAACGAAAUCAACUUUUUCUGAAAAUUCUGUUACGAGGAUGCUCAACAUUGAAGACAGUCUUGCAUCGAUUGGAGUCACGCCUACUCGUGCUAAUGUACCAAAAUCAUUGGAACUGCCUAUCACUGUCACUAAUCCCACUAUUACUGAGACAGUAAAUCACCGGAAGCUGGCAGCAUCACUUGGUGCAGAUAUCAUUACAGAAACGUUUGUCGUACAACAGUCCACAGAUAAUGGAUCAGAUGACUAA